CUCCGAAGAACGCCAGACGAUUUGUUAAGUCAGGAGAUGUCACAGAAAAUAAUAUAAGAUUUGUUUGGGGAAAUCGCGAUAUGGACAGAGAUUGUAGGGUUAUGAUAUCACAAUCCGCUCCCCACACUCCCGUCAACAACUCAUCGGUACAGCAUCAACUAUCGGAACCCACCAUUUGCCCAUCGAAAACACGAGCUACUCCUAAAGGCUAUGAAGCAUCGAAUAGCGAGAACUUCUCCUGGUUCUUGACGGAAAAACGAAAAAGAAAAGAUAUCGCAUCUUCGACGUCCUACACAUCUACCUCAGCCAUUGUCCCAGUGCAUUCGAUGAGACGUACUCUCACGUUCCAGAGGGAGAAAAAUUCGUCAUAUUUUGCGAAAUCCUCUAAAGAGAAAGUUUCUGACAUUCAGACUAAGGCGAAAAUUGUGACUAUGAACGAUGAGAACAACUGAUAGGGAGAUGUUGGAAUAUCCAUGGUGGAAUUUAUUCAGAAUCUUUUAUCUCGAUUCGAGAUGAGAAAUAAGGUGCAAAAAAGUAUUCUGAGCAGAUGAAAAUUACAAAAUAAGUUAAGUGA